UCAUUUCCAACUCUGGGUACACUUGUGUAUACAGUACCACCAAAUGUUAGAUUCUCAAAAGACAAAUGGACGUUUUGGUCAAAGGGGAGAAAACUCUGGACACACCAAACGACACUCAGUUGUUCUUCAGUACGAUGACCCCAAUCACACCUCUUAUUUUUACCUUUAUCUGCUUAAAUAUGCUCUGCCAUUUUUGAAACCUUUAGUUUACUAAUUAAAUUAUGCUAUAAAGCAUUUUUUUCUAAUGUUCACUAAACUUGAAAAUGAAGCUGGAUUUUAGUGAACAAGCCAAGAUAUUUAUCCAGUGGCAGAUAGAGCUUGUUUUAAUGACAUUUUUUCCACCCUAUACUUUAAUUGGUGGAAAUGAUUCUUAACCAUUGCGGUGUCUGAAUUUGGAAGAAGCUAUGGAUGCUUGUCUGUGACACUUAAGGAAUUAGGUGGGGUGCUGUGACAGGUGACCUGGCCCCCACAAUGCCCCGACCUAAAUCCUGUAGGGCUUGUUCGGGAUAAAUUGGAUGGAAGAGUGAGAGCAAGGUAGCUAACCUGUGCCCAGAACUUGUGGAAAGUCCUUCAGGACUGCUGGAGAAGCAUUCCAGGUGGCUACACCUAUAACUCUGAGAAAAUUGUCACAGCAUGGUGAAGGUACUGGUGGAUGUGGACUGUGGGGUGGAUGAUGCCUCAGCCAUCAUGAUUGCUCUGGCUGAUCCCAUGGUCCAGCUCCUGGGUGUCACUUGUGUCAGUGGCAACACGACUGUGGAGAAUGUUUGCCGGAACACGCUACGGGUCCUCAAGGCUUGCCAGUGCCUGGAGAUCCCUGUGUUCCGUGGGGCCUCGAGGCCUAUUCUCGGCAACGUGCUGACGGCAGAGGCCUUCCAUGGGAAGGAUGGGCUGGGUGAUGUCCCAGACCCCGAUGCUCCAGGCCUGGAGCUGAUCCAAAAGGAGGGGGCAGUGGAGGCCAUGAUCCGGAUCGCCAACGAGCAUGCAGGAGAGGUGUCCCUAGUGGCAACAGCCCCUCUGACAAACCUGGCCUUGGCAGUGAGACUCGACCCCACAUUCCCUAAGAAGCUGAAGGGUCUCUAUAUCAUGGGAGGGACCACUGAAGCUAGGGGGAACUCCACAAUGUGCGCCGAGUUCAAUUUCGCCGCCGACCCAGAAGCGGCUUACAUCGUGCUGAAUGAUUUCCCGUGCCCUACCUACAUAGCGAGCUGGGAGUUCACCUGCAUGAACAUACUGCCUUGGACGUUUUGUGAUCAAUGGUUGGGCCAGGACUCUGAAAAGGCCCGCUUCAUGAAGCAGAUCUUCCAGUACAGCAAAGAUGUCUCUCAGAAGAAGGGGGAAGCAGGCUUCCUGUUUUGUGAUCCGUUCGCCAUGGCGGCGGCAAUCGAUGAAGGGUUUAUCACAGAAUAUGAGGAGGUGCCGGUCACCGUGGAGCUUGCGGGCAUGUACACGCGAGGUAUGAUGGUCCUGGACAGGGUGAGCUAUCUCAAGAAGGAACACAAAGCCUUCAUCCUGCAAAAGGUGGACAUGGAGAAGUUUAAGAACCUCUUGAUGAAAGCCCUUGAAUAACCAGUCAGAACGAAGACGGUGCCCCAAGCAGUUCAGCUGGCCAAGUGGAAGAUGCAUGGAAAUAGGGUAGAACACAUUCUGGGGCCUGGCCAGGAAUAUUACUGCGUAAUGAAAUACAAUAAACCAUAAAGAAUACUCUCAGAAGCCAGUGUAGUAAAGAAUAUUGUUUAGCACUGUAAACAUCUAAUAUGUAAAAUACAAUAUAACCUUGUAACUUUUAGAGAAUAUUGCCCACAUUCUGCCGAUGAAUAUGUACCUUAGUCAGCUCUGCAUCUUAUCGCUAUGUUGAUGGCCCAAGAGUUUUACUGGAUCAUUAUUACAGAAUCACCUGGGUUCCCACGAUACUUCUGUGUGUCUUGCCUGGACUUUUAUCACAGUGCUCUCUACCAUGAGUAUACAAAA